UGGAAAUGAGAAGCCACCACAGCUCCAGCGAGGACCUGCUCCCCAGACCUAGCCGAGUGGAGAGUGGCUUUCUUUCUUCACUUGUUGUUAUUGAGCAGUUGACUCUUUACAGCUUGCUUCUUCAUUUGGAAGGCAACCAGUCGAUUGGAAAAUGAGACUAAAUGUUGCCGUUUUCUUUGGGGCUCUCUUCGGAGCUUUGGGGGUUUUGUUGUUUUUGGUAGCCUUUGGAUCGGAUUAUUGGCUUCUCGCGACUGAAGUGGGCAGGUGUUCAGGUGAACAGAAAAUAGAGAACAUCACUUUUCACCAUGAAGGCUUUUUCUGGAGGUGCUGGUUCAGUGGCGUUGUGGAGGAGAACAACUCCAACAUCUGGAAGUUCUGGUACACCAAUCAGCCACCAUCCAAGAACUGCACACACGCUUACCUGUCCCCGUACCCCUUCAUGAGGGGAGAGCACAACUCCACCUCCUACGACUCCGCAAUUAUUUACCGUGGCUUCUGGGCAGUCCUGCUGCUCCUGGGGGUAGUGGCCGCCUUGACUGCAAGCUUUCUGAUCAUCUGUGCAGCCCCCUUUUCCAGUCACUUCCUUUAUAAAGCUGGAGGAGGCUCAUACAUUGCCUCAGGUGUCCUGUUUUCCCUGGUGGUGAUACUGUAUGUCAUCUGGGUCCAGGCAGUGGCUGACAUGGAAAGCUACAGAGCCUUGAGGAUGAGAGACUGCUGGGAAUUCACCCCUUCCAUCCUAUAUGGCUGGUCGUUUUUUCUGGCCCCCGCUGGCAUAUUCUUCUCUCUGCUCGCUGGGCUGCUCUUUCUAGUUGUUGGACGGCAUAUCCAGAUACAUCACUAACUUUUGCCUCCAGAGUUUUCAGGAGAGAUUUCGAAGCACCACACUCCCCCUGUCUGUUUUGUGUUAGCAAUGGUAUUGGCAUAAAAUUAGUGGAUGUACAUUGGAGUUAUUUCUUAAUGAGUCAUUUAAUUGUGAUUUCUCCUCACAAAGGAGAUCUUUUGACUUCUCAAAAACCCAAAGCUGUCUGGGCUGGCAAUGAACUAGUUCUCCAGGGAGCAGGUAGUGGAUCUAUCGUACAGUUUGAAGUAAACGCAGGGUGCUUAUGUGAUCGCCCACAGCAAACCAAGCCUGUGUUGAUUGUCUCCUCAACAUUCACUUCUGCUUCUUUUUAAAACAGGGAGAAUAAUUAAUGGAAAACAAAUGCCUGACAGCUGGCUUUGUUUCUUCUCCACCUACAUGCCCACACAUAGCCAGACACUCAUCCCCCUGACUUCUGUGAGCCAAUGAUUCACUAAUUUAAAAAUAGAUAGCAGUUGUUCUUGUUAUUGGAGCUCUGAACUCCUGAGUUCAAAAGGGCCAUGACAACAAUACCAAAUGUGGUUACUCUAAUGUAUUACCAACUGCAUCAUCUGAGAUUUUUCUUGGUGAUGUAUGCUAACAGAAACCUAACACUGUUGGAACUCAGGAAAUCCACACAGCAAAGUGCAUAUAAUGCAGAUUAGAACUGUGUGAAGUUAAAGGGGGGAACCCCUGAAUUGUAAUAAGGUUUAAAAUUUGUAAAAGCCAACAGCCUCAGCUUAGCACAUAAUUCCAUUUGAUAUUUUAAAAUUCCCAUUUAAAACUUAAAUUGCUAAGAUGUUCAGCACAUUUAAAUUUAUUGAGAGAACGUGCUUUUAAUAUUGUCCGGCUCUAACGUUUCCAGAUACUUCCAUGUGAGGAUUAUAAUAGCCUUGCUUUAUGAAGACCAUGGCAAAUUAACUCCCACCCCACACGUUUUACAGGAUCUAGUUCUUCUGGUCAUUUGAUUGCAUAUUAUCCCUCAAUUUCAUCCUCUUUGGCUUACAUGCCAGAACUCUGACAGACCCACCAUCUCCCUAACCUCCUGCAAGAAAAGGUUUUGUGGGGAAAUAUAAUUCUUUAUCAUUCACUAGCACAGGCAUUUUGCAUAUCGAAAAGGAUCAUUUGCCAGGACUCUUGAUUGAAAUCAAGGCCAGAUCCAAAAGGCUCCCCUCUACUGGUACUUGCAUUCUGGAAGUUUCCAUCAAGGAAGGGUUUGGUGUCUGUGAGGCACUGAGAAACACACAGCACUCAGGCUUUGUUGGGGACCCCACAAUGCAUUCUGCAGUUGUAGCAAGAAGGAAAGAUAGCACUGAGGUAGGGGGAUGACCACCUGGAAGGUGCUCUGGGAAGGCUGGGUUAGCUCUUCUUAUAGGUAUAGUGAUGAUGCUGCCUCAGCCCUCCCUACAGCAUGCUUUAUACACAGAGGGAGACUUGGAAAGGUAGCAGGAGCCUGAGCUACCUACUAAACCAUGAGGGCGUUUUAAUGACCAGGCUUGCCUGAAAUAGUACCAGCUGUUUGUAACACUCCAGGGGGUUAGCUCAACUCACAAUCACAAACCAUUUCAAGGACAUUGAUAUAUCUUUGUGUUACUUUCACAAUGUCAUCUUCUGUUUCCUUUUGAUAUUGGCUCAUUUGCUUUUUUGGCUUUCUUUGGCUUGAUUCUGUUAUGCAUAUAGCCUGUGAUAUUAAGCGGUGGCAUGCCAUUAUGUUUUCCAGACAACGCUUAGAUGUGUCUGGUUAGUUUGUGUCAUCUGAACGUGCAAUUCUUUUUUUGUAGAUCUUUGGGAUGGAACCCUUUUCAGGACUGUAUGCCAUUUAAAUUUCUCAUGCAAGCUGUUUCUAGUAAAAGUUUGAAUAUUUAUAAAUUUCA